UUUUCUUGUUGCAACUUACCCUCUGUAUCUGAAAUUCCAACUUUUUUAUGCCCUUUAUGCAUCCUUCUCCAAUUCAAUCCAAACCAGAAGAAAGAAAAAAAGAAGAAAAGGACAGACUCCACUCUCUCUCUCUCUCUCCACGAAUACAAGAUACAUAAUGAUAUAAAUAUAUUUCUACUUAUACUCAAAAAUUACAAUAUUUACUCAUAAAGAUACUAAUGUACGGUGGUUCCUCCAAGUUGGGCGGCGGCCGUGGCGGCGGAGGUGGCCGGGGAGGGGGGCGUCUAUCUUCGUUCCCUCCGCCGCCGCCUCACCGGUCAUCCACAUCCAAUAAAAACUCCCGCCUCUCCCUCGGAGGUGGCGGCGGUUCCAAUCCUCGGAGCCGCUCAGGUGGUACCUCGAGUGCCACAGCAGCGGCAGCAGCAGUUGAAGAGACGUUUUCCCUUAUUCCUGGGAAAAACCCACUUGCUUUUGCAAUGAUUAUUAGAUUAGCACCUGAUUUGGUUGAUGAGAUCAGAAAAAUUGAAGCUCAAGGCGGUUCUGCUAAAAUCAAAUUUGAUUCUAUUGGCAGUAAUAAUUUUGGAAAUGUCAUUGAUGCGGGAGGUAAGGAAUUCAGAUUUACAUGGUCGAGGGAAUUUGGUGACCUCUGUGACAUUUAUGAAGAACGUCAAAGUGGUGAAGAUGGAAACGGUGUGCUUGUUGAAUCUGGGUCUGCCUGGCGUAAGGUGAAUGUCCAACGUGUCUUAGAUGAAUCUACUAAGAACCAUGUAAAGAAGCUAUCAGAGGAAGCUGAACGCAAAAAUAAAUCACGCAAAGCUAUUGUGCUAGAUCAGGGGAACCCAUCAAUGAAGAAUCAACUAAAGCAGUUGGCACUUGCCGAGUCUACACCAUGGAGGAUGUCCUUUAAGCGAAAAGAGCCUCCAUAUAAAAAGCAGAAAGUUGAACCACCACCAGCCCCCAAAUCUACCUUUAAAUCUGCAGUUUCUUCAACAGCUAGUGGAAAGGGUAGACACUCAUCGUCACCUCUGCCAUCUACACCUCAGCGAUCUGCCACUCCAGCAUCUCCAUUUGGAAUGGGAAAUGUUAAUAAGAAUAAUGUGAACACAGAAGAAUUCGCACUGAUCCAGGUGAAAAGUAAAGAGAAUGCUGCUAACUCAGAAAAAGAAAUCCAGACCAAGGCUUCUAGUGCUGUACAGGAGACAACAGGGCACAAAGGGAACUUUGGGACUAAACCAAUGGAUUUGCGGAGCAUGUUGAUCACUCUACUGAUUGAAAAUCCUAAAGGAAUGAGCUUGAAGGCCUUGGAGAAAGCUAUUGGGGAUAAAUUACCGAACUCUGUUAAAAAGAUAGAGCCCAUUAUUAAAAAAAUUGCGACUUUCCAAGCUCCAGGAAGAUAUUUCUUGAAACCAGGAGUGGAGUUGGAAAGCUUCAAGAAACCUUCAUCUGAGAGUGGAAGUUCUCCUGAGGACAACCAUCAGCAGACACUUGUUCCUGAAGACAACCAUGACAACACACCUGCUCUUGAAUCAAGACCUGCUGAGAAAAGUCCUGCUGUCAGAUUUGAGGAACAUGCCCAAAUAAAAUCUAAAUUUGAAGAAGAGUUGAAUGCCUUAGAAAAAAUUGAUGUCCACGAGAAAAAAAUCUCCGACAAUAGUGAGGGGCAGGCAAGCUCUAGUGAAAGUGGAAGUGACAGUGAUAGUGAAAGUGACAGUAGUGACAGUGGGAGUGAUAGUGGAAGCCGCAGCAGGAGCAGGAGCAGAAGCAGAAGCAGAAGCAGAAGCCCGGUAGGGAGUGGAAGUGGGAGUAGCAGUGACAGUGAAAGUGAUGCUUCAUCCAACAGUAAAGAAGGAUCUGAUGAGGAUGUGGAUAUUUUAAGUGAUGAUGACAAAGAACCCCAGCACAAGUUACAGGCCUCUGAACCACGUUUCACAGCAUCUCCUGAUCCAUGGAGAUCUGUGCAGAAUGGGACAGAUGAGAAGCAAGAUGGCGAUGGAUCUGAUGCAGUUGACAUUGAUGGUCCUGGAUCUGCUGGACCUUAUGGCGAAGGUCAUGAAUCUGAAGCUGUUGACAUUGAGAAAGAUUUGGCUAAUCAUGAGAAGGUAGUUGAAUUAGCUGCAAAUGACAGUUUGCUUCCCACCCAAGAAGUUGACAUACAUGUGGAAGGAGCUCAAUCCAUUAUCACUGAUCAUGAUGCCAUCCAAGAGCGUCAAAAUUUCAUAGGAACUCUGUUUGAUGAUAAUGAAAAUAUGGUUAGGGACAGCUUCAGGCAUGAGAAUUCUGACAGUUCUGAGAGGAUAUCCAAAAGUAAGUCCAAAAGGGUUCCUGAUAUGAAGCACUUUGAUGAGAUAUCUGACACUGCUAAAAGAUUGAAAGUUGACAGUGUGGCUCAACCACCCAUUUCUGAGGUUAGAGAUGUCCAAUUACCUGAGAGCCCUUACAACAAAAAUAUUGAAGACACUUUUAGGGGCCCUGCUAUUCAAGCGAUGAACAGGGCUGAUAGGGAAGGAAAUGCAGAUUUUGGCUCACAUAAGGCAUUUAAUGUACAACCUAGUUCAGAUUUUCAGCAACCUGACCGAAGGUCUUCUGAUAAAAUUGCACGCUCAAAAGCUUCUGAUUCAACCGGGAGAUCUAAACAUACUGAGAGAUCAGGGCAUGGUCGUAAAUUUUCUUCAAAGGAUUCUCAUUUGCAUGAAGAUUUUCCUAUCCAAAGAGAAAAGGCUUCUAGAGACACUCUAAAUGAAGGUAAUUCUUCGAAGGACAAAAAGGUGCCAAGAAACUCCAAGGGAGGUGGAGCUGGAGGCAGACAUUCAACUUCCUUUGAUUCUGACUAUAGGAAACUGGGUGAGACGUAUGGGAACUUCAAGGAUGCUGCACAACCUUCACCUAAGGAUGGCAACAGAGUUGAUGUAGAAAAAUACCCAGCUGUCAGUGGAAGAAGCCUCCAAAGAGAGCUUUCAGAGCUGGAGUUAGGAGAAUUUCGCGAGCCAUUGCUUGAGGAUAAACCAGUUAAGAAACAAUUUGACAGGAAGGGCCCUUUUAAACAGUCAGAGAGCAAACCAAGCACUUCAGAUAACUGUAAUUCAGAUUUUAAUAAGGCAAAACCUGCUGGAAAGGCAACAUUAGACUCAGGAAAGCCUUCUCCUUCCAAUCUAGGUACUGGGUUUAAGAGAACCCCUGAUCAUCAUACUGAAGAUGUAACAAGAUCUCACCUUAAGGUUGCACAAUCUCAUCUACAACAUCUUUCAAGGCUAGAUAAUGCUGAAGUUGGAUCUCACUUCAGCAAGUUGGCAGAUACGAAUAGUAGAUUAAGACAGAAUGAAGCUGGGGCAAAACUAGGAAACAGUAUAGAAGGCUAUGGAGAAAACCAUAAAAGAGGCCCUAGCAAUGCACAACCACUGCAUGAGUCUAAACGUGGAUUGCUUUCCAACUCGAUUAAGGAAAGUAAAACGCAAACAUCUAAUAGAAUUCCUGACUUGGUAGAUGGACAAAAGGAAACAGUUGUGACUGAAGCCAAUAAUGCUCGAAAGAGGAGAGAAUCUUUGUCCGAGGAAGAUGGCUCUUUUUCGAAGUAUGUAAAGGACACACCCGAGCUCAAAGGACCAAUUAAGGAUUUUUCUCAGUACAAAGAAUAUGUGCAGGAAUACCGCGAUAAGUAUGAUAGUUACUGUGCCUUGAACAAGAUCCUAGAAACCUACAGGAAUGAUUUCCAUAGACUGGGAAAGGACCUUGAAUUUGCAAAAGGCAGGGAUAUGGACAAAUAUCAUAAGAUCUUGGUGCAGUUGCAGGAAUCUUAUCUUCAGUGUGGACCGAGGCACAAACGGUUCAAAAAGAUAUUUGUUGUGCUGCAUGAAGAACUAAAGAACCUAAAGCAAAGAAUUAAAGAAUAUGCAGUCACUUGUACAAAAGACUGAAGCAUGCUCAUUACAGACCAAUCAAUCUUUCCUCUGCAAACCUAAUCUGUGCAGACCCCUCAGCAAUGUAUAGGCUGAUAUAACAAAACAAAAUUUCUUUUAGUGAAAUAUAUAGUUUGUGUAAAUCUUGUAUAUAAGAUUUCCAUGUGUGGGUUAUGCAUUUCCUUGACAAAAUAAUUUUUGCUGCAUUAAAUCAAAUUCUUCAUAGGAGAAGAAAGCUUUAACCCUUA